GGGACAUCAGCACGCUGAGCAUGGUGUCCAAGAGCCUCGGGCAGCAGCUGAUUCAUUACAUCUCCACCUCGGCAGGGACCCGCCGGCUCCUCCUGCAGGAUUUCCACAACCUGGAGCUCCCCGGCAGGAGAGAGGGAGCCUCCAUCCUGGAGCACUACAAAUCUCUAGGGCUGCUGUUGAAGAGGUGCACCUUGCUGCUGCCCACCAGGGACAGGCUGAAGUACGUACACAAGGUUUCCUGCUUUAAGCUCAGUGGUUGUGCCAGCCCUUUGCACUGCCUGGGGUUAAAGUGCUACGGGGUGUUUUUACAGAUCCUGACAGCAGGCUGGGAUGAACUCGAGUGCCACCGGGUCUUUAACUUCCUCUGGGAGCUGAGCAGCUUGGCCAGGAAAGUGCAGACAGUUGUCAGCAGCAGAGCAGGCAGUGCCAGGAAGCUGGAGCUGAGGAUCAGGCUGUACUGCAGGAGGGUCCUGCUCAACCACUGGAUCCACAGGAGCGACUCUGCCUUUUGGCUCACCCGCAUUUUGAAGCCCUGGCCCAUCGUGAACCAGGCCCGGCUGCUCUACAUCAUCUUUGGGCCCGUGUCCUCUCUGGAUGGACACGUGGUGUGGCAGAAAAUGAUAGAAGGACCAACAGAUGAGAGCAGUCUGAAGGGUUUAGCUGAAGCAAUUAAGCUGCUGUAUGACACAGAAGCCAGGGAAUGGACAGCAGAUGAUGUUAUCAGCCUCGUGGAUGAGCUGUCAGUUGUUCCCCAGGAAUGGCUCAUGGAGAACAACGCUCGGCUCCUCCUCCUCAGUGGGAACAACAUCUGCUUCACCUUCAUGGCCAGCAAGGCUGUGAAUGGCAGGGCUGUGGAGCUGGCCAGGCUCAUGGUCUUCAUGGCUUUGGUGUGUGAGAAGGACCUUUACUGCAUGGACUGGGUGGUGAAAAUGAUGCAGAAGGUCAGCAGGGUUUUCAGCACUCCCUGGGAGAGAAACAACUUCCUGCAGUGCCUGGAGAACACCUUUGCCCACAUGCUCAUGGACAUGCUGCAGGCAGUGCUGGCUGGGGGGCACGACGAGGAGGACAACACCUUCCUGAAUUUAUUCCACCUGGUGAACGCACAGGCAAACUUCCACAAGGAAAUCCUGUUCCUGGCCAUGAGGAGCAGCCCCAGCACCACCUGAGCUCUGCAGACUCCUGCUCCAGGGUUUGGUUUUGAACAUUUGCAAAGAAGUGUCCAGUUAUUUCUUCCCAUUCCAGCUGGAGUGGCAGAAGUUGGGACCAUCCAUGUCAGUCCAGCUGAAGGAGCUCCAGGAGCUUUUGGGGACUCCAUCGUGGGGUUCCUUGAGUUCUGCUUCUCCAGGGAAGCAGCCUGAGGCCUCUCCCUUGGGAACACAAACUGCAUUCUUUUCCCACUGUGCAUGUUUGCACACACAGUAAAAAUGACAUGGUUUCCAUACUCAGACACCAACUGAGGAAUGUUAUCUUAGUUCAGACCCCAAAACAUUUUGAUCUUUAAAAUGUGUUUUCUCUCGGGAAUCCGAGGAGAAAGAGAUGGAUGGGAUCAGAGGAGCACAGCUACAUUUCUCCAGCUUGCCAGGGCCUCUCUCACUGACUCAGAGCUUCUGUGGCAGAAACAUUCCUGACUUUGGAUGCUCAGCCACAGCCAGAGAUGAUUCCUGAAAGCAGUUCAAGUGCUUUGACCAAGCAAGGCAUUUUUUUCCCCCCUCAACCUCCAGGUUUUCAUAAAGCAGAAGGAACUCCCAAAUCCCUCCCCCUUGCCCCAGGUAACAACUGUUGAAGCGUUUUGGCCUCCACAGGACUUUGCAAAGUUGAAGACACCCGUUAAAUGCACAUUAAAUUAAGUCACUGGUUCAUUAAAUGUAUAAAUGUUUCCUGCUUUAGAAAGGGGUUGGAUUUUCUGCUCUGUUGCCUUCAAAACAAAAGCACGU